AUGGCUGCUGUGUGGAUGCUCUCUCUGCUGCUCUCUCCCUGCUGCCUGCUGUGGCCUACAUGUUUGGCCCUCACACCCCCAGCUGAGCUCCCUCAGCCCCACAACCUGCCCCCCUUGCUGGGCAUCAACAGCAGCGAUGGCAGCCUGUCUGUGGAUCUGUCCAGGGCUUUGAGGGUUUUCAGCAUGGACUAUCACCAUGUGCAGGCUCCCUUUGAGAUUGUGCUAUGGAUCAUGCUGGCCUCACUGGCCAAGCUGGGUUUCCACUGGUCAGGUCGAGUCCCGGCAGUCGUCCCAGAGAGCUGUCUCCUAAUCAUGGUCGGCCUCCUGGUCGGAGGGGUGAUAUAUGGUGUUCGCCACUCUGCUCCUCCGACUCUCAGCGCUGAUGCUUUCUUCCUCUUUCUGCUCCCGCCCAUCGUCCUGGAUGCAGGAUACUUCCUGCCAGGGAGGCUGUUCUUUGAGAACCUCGGCACCAUCCUCUGGUAUGCAGUGCUGGGAACCCUGUGGAACGUGCUGGGCAUCGGCCUGUCUCUGUACGGUGUGUGUCUGCUGGCCCAGAGCUCGCUGGGAGACGUCUCCCUGCUCCACUGCCUGCUGUUUGGCUCUCUGAUCGCUGCCGUCGACCCCGUGGCCGUGCUCUCCGUCUUCCAGGAGAUGCAUGUAAACGAACAGCUCCAUAUCUUGGUGUUCGGAGAGUCUCUGCUCAACGACGCUGUCACUGUGGUCCUCUACAAGCUGUUUGAGUCCUUCCUCCGUCUGCCGUCGGUGUCAGGGCUGGAUGUGCUGCUGGGGGGCUGCAGGGUGGUGGUGGUCGGCCUCGGCGGUUUGUUUGUGGGCCUCUUCUUCGGCCUGGUGGCGGCCCUCACCUCACGGUUCACCUCCAGAGCCCAGGUCAUCGCCCCGCUCUUCGUCUUUCUCUACUCCUACUUGUCCUACCUGACCUCGGAGAUGCUUCACCUCUCUGGCAUCAUGGCCAUUGUGACCUGUGCUGUGACCAUGAAGCAGUACGUGGAGGCGAACGUGUCCGAGCGCAGCAACACCAGCAUCCAGUACUUCCUGAAGAUGUGGAGCAGCGUGAGCGAAACACUCAUCUUCAUCUUCCUGGGCGUGUCCACAAUACAGGAUGUCCAUAUGUGGAGCUGGCCCUUUGUCUGCUCCACACUGCUGCUCUGCCUCAUCUGGAGGGCCACAGGUGUCCUCCUGCUCACCGCUGUGGUGAACAAGCUCCGGAGGAACGCUGUGACCUUUCGAGAUCAGUUCAUCAUCGCCUAUGGAGGUCUCAGAGGGGCCAUUUGUUUCUCCCUCGUCUUCCUGAUUGACGACUUCCCGAAGAAGAGACUCUUCAUUACAACCACCAUUGUGGUCAUCCUCUUCACUGUCUUUGUACAGGGGAUGACCAUUAAGCCUCUAGUCGAGCUGCUGGAUGUGAAGAGGAAGAAGAGAGCUCUGCCCACUGUCAGCGAGGAGAUCCACAGCAGGCUCAUUGAUCACCUGCUGGCAGGAAUAGAGGACGUGGUCGGCUACUGGGGUCAGCACUACUGGAAAGACAAGUUUGAGCAGUUUAACAGGAAGUACCUCCGUCGUUUCCUGAUCCGUGAGGACCACCAGGCUCGCUCCAGCAUCCUCAGAGUCUAUCAGGAGCUGGAGAGGAGGGAGCAGGGGGGAGACGUGGAGGCGCCAGCGUCACUAGUGGACCCUCGCUCCCACAGCCGUCCCCUCCUACCGGAGGAGAUGGACAGCAUCCGACGGAUUCUCUCCAGAAACCUUCAGAACUUCAACAACAAGCAGACACCGGCCUACAGCAGACACACUUUGCACCAGGACGCCACCAUGGACAGAACAAGGAAGCCUCUUCACAGACACCACAGUCUGGGAGAGAGAUACACGUAUAACACGAUCACACACUGGCCACAGGGCGAGGCAGGAGAGUUCAACGGCUCACGCAGAGUGAGAGCAGGGCUCAGCAGGUCUCACACAGUGUGCUCCAUAAGCCCGAGGCUCGUCCUCCAGGACUCGGCAGCCCCGGCGGCCUCGGUGCAGGCGGACAGCAGAGAGGACCAGAUCUCUCCGCAGAACCAAGAACCUGCGGGGAGAGCCCCCAAGAAACAACUCAGCUUUGUUUUGGAGAACGAGAAGCAGCAAUGAACACAGAGAGAUAAAAAAAAAAAAAAAGACUGUAAACCUAUGAAUUUAUUGUGUUCGGUCUUUUCAAAUUGGCUCCAUAAAGUGAAAAGUACCUCAUAUUUAUUUAGCCAUAGAGUUUUCAAGAUGGGUUGACGACAGAAAUGUUAUGGAUAUCUUCCGAUUAAAAAAUGUAAAA